CGUAAUCAUGAAUGUCAAUAAAUAGAAGGAAAUCUCCUAACUUUGCAUAUUCAUCAUAAGACAUUUAGUAAAAUUGUAAGUAAGAACAGUUCUCACGCAAAAUGGAACUUCCUGGACUUGGAGAAAGUUGUCACGCAACAGAAUGCAAACAGCUUGAUUUUCUUCCUAUGAAAUGUGAUGCCUGUGGAAAGAUAUUUUGUCGAGACCACAUACAUUAUAAUACACAUGAAUGUACAGAGUCUUAUAAAAAGGACAAUCAGGUUCCAGUGUGUCCACUGUGCAAUAGUCCUAUAGCAGUAAAGAAAGGAGAAUUACCAGAUGUUAUAGUAGGGAGACAUAUAGACAAUGACUGUCAGUCAGAUUUGGCAAAGAAAAGAAGAAAGAUUUACACAAACAGAUGCUCAUUUAAAGGCUGCAAGCAUAAAGAGUUAAUUCCAGUUAAUUGUGAUAAAUGUCACCAGAAUUUCUGUCUCAAACACAGACAUGAACUAGAUCAUCAGUGUAAAGGAUUUGAAGAUACUGGUAGAGGAGUGUCAAAGGCAGCUGCAGCAGCAGUAAACAGAGCCGGAACUUCCAAUCAACCAAAACCUUCAUCUUCUAACAUGCCAAAGUCUAACCAAGGAAAACCUCAGAAUACAAUGCUAGCUUACAUAGGAAAAGAUUUAGCAAGAGACAGAAGGGAAAGACAAUCUCAACCUACAGUCAACAACACGACUAAUUCAGUUCAAGGUGGAAUGACUGAAGAUGAAGCAUUAGCUCAUGCCAUUCAGAUGUCAAUGCAGGAAUCACAAGGACAACCACCUGCUCCACAAAAACCACUGACAAGAGAGGAAGAAGAAGAUUUACUCCUAGCACAAGCUAUAGCUGCUAGUCAACAAGAAGCUCAAGUUGAACAGAGGAGACGGCAGGCAUUAACAUCAGCAGCAUAAGAGAAGAAUGAAGAACUUAAAUUUUCUCUUGUAGCAACAAGCACAACAAAACAAGACGUCUUGUAGCCUUUCUUGACAAGAGAAACAUUCUCAUCAAACUCAUUCAGCUCAACUAGAUUACAGCUCAGUGCCAGUUCUGACAAACACUUCUAGCAUAUACUCUCAUGGUGCUGUCUUCUGGAGAUCUUUCAUGUCAUUGCCUUUGGUGGCAGGAGUUCUGAAUAAGAUGCUUCCAUCAUGACUGUUACCUUUGCACCCAGUUUUACAUUUCUUAAUGCUUAAAACAUAUUUACAUUAUAGUGCUAAAGUGUACAUGUAAAACACCUUGAUGACUUUUAAUGUACAAAAAAGAUUUUAUUGAUGGAUCUGGUUAUAUUGUGUCAUGUACUUUAUAGGAUUAAUUUUAUGAUUUAUUUUAUCCAUUUUACACAUAUUUUAUUGAAGAUGUUUUCAUGAAAAAAGGAGCUUUAAAUAGUUUAUGGGACAAAGUAGAAUUGCUACUUUUGUUAUAUAGUAGAUUAUGAACAUCCUUUAAACAAUAAACUGUCUGUAAUACAAUUAAUUCUAUAGAAUCAUUAUGAAGUAAUCCAUAAAUUUGUCUUCUUUAUCUUAUGUAGGAAAAUAUUCACAAUAUGAAUAAAAAAGUUUGAAAGAUCAUUGUUCUUGAUUAAUGUUAAAAAAAUACUAUUUGACAAAUUUUAGUUUAUAAAGAAUUACAUUGAUACAGAUACUUUAUUGAGACAAAUCAUUUAAGGUAGUAUGAGGAAAUGAAAAUAAAAUAACUGAAUUUUGCCAAAAUGUACCUUAUUUUGUGUUAUUAAAAAAAAGUGAAGUUCACCUAGCUUUUUUUAAGCUACAAAUUGUGCAAAAUUGAUUUAUUUUAAAGGAUUGCACAUGGAGAAAGCAAAAUAAUCUGAAAAUAAAACAAACUAAAUUUUAAAAAUUUCAAGAUAAAAUAUAAGAAAUUCAAGGUAGCUAUAAUCAAAUGCUUUCAGAAAAUAAAAAGAUUUGAUUUCUUGCUACAUAACAAAAUAGGUAAAUUAACUGUACAUUCCUUCAUAAAAACUAGAUAAUCUCCCUUUAUAAAGUAAAGUUUAUUUCUUUUAAUCAAUUUUCUUCUGUAUUUGAUAAAAAAAGUUGUUAUCAUUGGAUAAAAUCACAUAAGCUUCUCCAGUUAAAUGAAUAGCAUCAAAAUAAAUGGCACUCCUACAUGAAUUUGCUCAUUUCCUAAAAAUCUGGACCAAUCAUUUGCUGUCAUUUGCAAUCCAAGAUGGCUAAAGACUUCCAUACUACCUUUAAUUUGAUAUUCCUUUGUUUAUUUGCUAUGUAAUUUAUAUUUAUAUGUAACUGGGAAAGGUUUUAAGAAUUUUAUUCAUAAAUAAAUUGUAUAGAUAUUUUAAAAGUGAUGAUAUUGAUUAUGUUAUUUAAAGUCUAUUAUUAAAUAAUUUUCUGUGAAAA